CAUCAAUUCUUUCUUUUCUCUCCAUCAGUUUUCCUAGCUUCUUCAUUCUCUCCAUCUGCUCCAAGUUAAAUAUUAGCUAGCUACGUACCCAUGAACACUACUACUUCGGAUUCCAACCUCUGGACAGUCCGUGACAGUGGCCAGCCGCUGUUGGUCAUGGCGGCGCUUCUCGCCGUGGUGGUCAUUGUGGUCGGUAUGGCGUACAUUACGCGGUGCGUCCGCGCUCAGAUGGAGGGAAAUGAUCCGCCUCAGCCGCCACAGCCGCCUCAGCCGCAGCCUCCCAUACUUCCCCUUGUGAGACCGCCGCUGCCCCCCACCCGGAAGUUCUCGGAGGACGACGAGCCGGCGGAGUGCUCCAUUUGCCUGGAAGAGUUCGAGGCAGGCGUGGACGUCCGGAGGCUGGGGACAUGUGGGCACCUCUUCCACUUGAUCUGCAUAGAUCAGUGGCUUGAAGGUCAGGCAACAUGCCCAUUGUGCAGAGGGAGUGUGGUUUGAUUCAUAGAGUGAUCUGUUUGUAUGCUUAAUUGUUUGUCUACGUUCAGUGUUGUAAUGAAUAAAAGUUCUAAAC